AUGACAACUUCCAAAAUAGCAGGAAUCGAAGACACCACAGCCGAUAACGAGUUUAACAAUAACACCAAGAAUUUGUAUGAGUGUGCGGACUGCAGGAAGAAGUUCUUGCAAAAGCGUUACCUCAGCAUACACGAGAGAAGUCACACCGUGGAGAAGCCAUACCACUGCAAUGAUUGUGGAAAGUCAUUUGCGUGUAAAGCGUAUCUCCAGACACACCAGAAGAUUCAUGCCGGAGUAAAGCUGUACUGCUGUAGUGAGUGCGGCAAAACAUUCACACACAAGAUUUACGUUCAUCAGCAUCAGCGCAUUCACACCGGCGAGAAGCCGCACUGCUGCACCGAUUGUGGAAAAGCGUUUGUGUGUAAGGCGUACCUCCAGACUCACCAGAAGACUCAUUCCAGAGAGAAGCCGCACUGCUGCACAGAAUGCGGGAAGCGUUUUAUUCACAAGCGCCACUUCCUGGAGCACCUGAAGACACACAGAGAAGACGAGCCAUUUAGCUGCAGUGAGUGUGGGAAGAGUUUCACAGAAAAAAGAGCCCUUCAGCACCAAAAGAGGUGUCACAGCUUAGAAAAGGCCUUCUUCUUCAAGGAGUGUGGAAAAAUGAUUGCCUGCAAGAACAGCCUGAAAUUCCACAAGCGAAUUCACAUCGGGGAGCGGCUGCACUGCCAUACGGAGUGUGGGAAGAGCUUCAUUCGUAAAACCGACCUCAGCGACAUCAUCUGUCGCACACCGGCGAGAGACCCAAGAAGAGGUUCACCAAGAAAAGAACCCUUCAGCACCAUCAGCGGCUUCAUAGCGGAGACCAGAUAUUCAGCUGCAAGGUCAUCCACACGGGAGAGAAGUGAUUUCUGCAUGGACUGUGGGCAAGGAUUCACAUAUAAAAGUACCCUGCAAGACCACCAGAGGAUCCACACUGGUGAGAAGUCCUACUCUUGUCCUGAAUGUGGGAAGAGAUUCCGCGAAUCAAACACUCUGCUGAAGCACAGGAGAAUCCAUGCCAAGAACAUGGCCUCAAACGAGGUAGAGAAGCUUGAACAGCUUGCAGGAGAGUGA